AUGCAAAACUCGGAAAACAAGGAUGGAAUGCUUCAGUUUAUGCACAUCAUCGAGAAACUCAAGACUACCAAACGAGCAGGAUGGGUACGAGAGGAAGCAAAACAACCGGAAAGCAUCGCAGAUCAUAUGUACAGGAUGGCUAUGCUGGCGAUGAUGUCACAAGACGACCCAGCUUUGGAUGUUCCCAAGUGCGUGAUGCUUGCAAUUGUGCAUGAUUUGGCUGAAGCGGAAGUGGGAGAUAUUACGCCGCUCGAUGGAAUUUCUCGAGAAGAGAAACAUCGUCGGGAAGAACAGGCCAUGAAGCGGUUCACCCACGAACUUCUGCCUGCUGGUUCCGUGGCUGGUAAACGGAUAUGGGAUCUGUGGCAAGAAUACGAACAGGGCGAAACAAGGGAGGCUAAAUUUGUCAAAGAUAUCGAUCGAUUUGAGUUGGCUCUGCAAGGUGUCGAAUACGAAAAGAGUGGGGUCUCUGUUCAGGUCUCUUUCAGUAUUUCCAACAUAGGUGCAAGCCGACUGAUUUUCAAUGUAUCUUUACUAGGGGACAACCUGGAAAAACUCCAACCCUUUUUUGAUACCACUAUACCACACAUCACUCAUCCGGAGGUAAAAAUGUGGGCUAAUAAACUGUACGUCAUUUUAUUUUACUGA